AAACAGCUUCUCAUGUUCGUUACUAGUUAGUUGCUCUUUCCGCCACUCUAUUUCUAUUUCUAAAAAAAGAUAAAUUCACUAUUUUCUGUUUAUAUAUCAAUUUUUCUGGUGCGUUGAAAUUUUAGCAUUCUGAACUCGUGGUCAGUGUGUUUCUUCUCACCUACCGCGAAGGAGGGAAGAAGAUGGAGAAGCUGAGUUUUUCUUCGCCGGCGGAGUGGUGGCAGAACAUGAUGUACCCCGUCAGAAGGGUCUGGUUCCGCCUCGCCCACCGCUUUGGAAUUCGCAAAACUGGGCUGCUGAAGCUACGGCAUGAUGUGAGGGCUUGUGAGUAUGAUGAUAUUCGUGUGAUGUGGGAGAUGCUGAAUGGAAAUGAAUCAGAGUUUGUUCAAUCUCAGUCUCCUGGGAAAAGCAAGAAGUAUCACUGGAAGUUGUUCAGGUGGGCUAGGUGUGCUCAAUAUAAUCCUGAUCAUGCUGUGUGAGUCAGUUUCUCCUCAAAGAAAAUGGACAUGCUUUGUUGGAAUGGUUUCUGCUUCAAUCAGGAAUAAAGGGUACAGAGGGUUUCGAGUAGGACCACUGUGUCCUCUCCUCUGAAUCAACUCGAUCUUCUGUAGUUCUGUACAUAUUAACUGCAUCUCCUAGCUAGAUGUUGCCAUCCAUGUGUGUAGUUUGUGCUGUGCUUCAUCUUAUGUUGGUGUGUUCAACCUCAACCAGACCUUUCAUGUAUUGCUUUUGGAAACCCAUGAAUAGUGUCUUUUACUUCA